AUGAGCAAAAUCAUGGCUCGCCUCCCCUUCCGCCGUCAAGACUCGACCAGUGUCGUUGCCCCGGCGGUGUCCCAGACGUCGAAGGAACAGGCCUACGAAGACAACGAAAAGUCGGCCCAGGGCUACUGUGGCGACGACAAGGUCGACCAUGAUGGGGCUGAACAGCAUGUCGCCGCACCCGGGCCCGACGCUGCUGUGGCCGACCUCGACCCCCGAAACUUACUCGCAAACGGCAAAGAGGUGAGUUACCAACCUGCAUCCAUUGACUUUGUGCGGCACAAGUGGAGCAUUGUCCGCCCGUAUGCUACAGGUCCCUCGAGAGUCCGCCGCCGGCGGGCAACUCGACUCCCGACAGGGGCAACCCAACUCGGCAGUGCACGGGCCCAGCCUUGCAGCCGCCUCUCACCAGUGUAACAGCAAUGGCACUGACCUCUCACUUCCAAUCACUGCUCACCCCGUUUGUAGCGACCUAUCGAAACCGCAGAAGACAUUUCCACUCGGUGAGUACCCUAGAAUGAGCCACCCGUCACCCGCCUUCGCUCGCAAUUCAACUUGCCGGGGCUGACGAGCGACUUUUACCCACAGCUGCAUCUCCCUCGAGGAUGACCCGACUUUGAUCGUACAUACAAUUCGUAUGUGGGUCAUUGGCCUCGGCUUGACCUGCUUCGCCGCCGUCCUUGGCCAGAUCUUCUACUUCAGGCCCCAGGUGAGCUUUCGGCGUCUCCCGCGCGUGACGUGUCUAGUCGCUCGCGACUGGAAAUCCCAAUGGCUGACGUCGUCCCUGGAUUGGCACAUUGCAGACCGUAUUCGUCUCGCAACUCUUCCUUCAGGUCAUCGCCUUCAUCAUGGGUAAAGCCUGGGCCAAGGCCCUCCCCAACGCCGACAAAGGCAGGUUCUGGGCCAUCCUCAACCCAUGCGACUUCAACAUCAAGGAGCAUGUCGCAAUCCUCGUCAUGAGUUCGACCGCGACCGGAUCGGCUUUGGCCAUUUCCGUCUUUGCGGCAGAGGAACUGUACUACGACGUCACCCCCGGCUACGCCGUCGCUAUCUUCACUCUGCUGGGCUCGCAAUUGUUCGGCUACGGUAUCGCCGGUCUGAUGCGCUCCUUCACCGUCUUCCCGACCUACAUCGUCUUCCCCAACUUGAUCCCGACUGUCGCGCUGUUCGAUGCGUUGCACCGCGAUCCCCACGGACCUUCGCAGAAGAAGCGCCUAAAGUUCUUCUGGAUGGUCUUUGCCAUUAUCUUCUGCUGGGAGUGGAUCCCCGAGUUCGUUGCGCCGACUUUGACGGGUAUCUCCAUCUUUUGGUUAGUUUUUCCCGAGCGUCUUGUCCAUGCCUGCGCUCCAAAUGCUGACACGAUUUCUACUCUAUCCGGAUGCGUAUCGCGCAGCCUUGCCCGACGCAACUCCCCCUGGUUCACCCGCAUCUUUGGCGGCUCCAACGGUAACGAGGGACUUGGCCUGUUCUCGAUGUGUACCGACUGGAAUUAUCUCGGCUCUGGUGGUGGAUCCUUGGGAGCCCUGUUCACCCCGUUCAGCACCCGUGAGUCAACGAUGCGGAACCGUUCUUGGCUCGAGUCUGGACGACCUGGUGAAUUGAUGUUGAGUCGGCCCCACGCGUGCAGAAAUUUCGCUCUACUGCGGUGUCGCGCUCUGCAUCAUUCUCUUCUGUGCUUGCUGGGUCAAUGAUGUCUGGCACGCCUAGAACUUUCCGUUCUUGUCGCAACAGCUCUUCUACCUGAACGGAACCGAGUACGACCAGCUGGCGAUCCUCAACCCAGACUUCUCGCUCAAUGAGGCCAAGCUUGCGGAGCAGGGCCUCCCUUGGUACUCGACCUCGAACGCCAUCUACUACAUCGGCUCUAACCUCGCCAUCGGUGCCACGUUGACGCACGUCAUCUUAUGGUUCAUGCCCUCAAUCGUCAAGGCCUUCAAGGAGUACCGCGAUCGCUCGCAGCCCGACCCUCACUACAAGAAGAUGCUUAUGUACCGCGAAGUCCCCAUGUGGUGGUACUGUGUAACGCUCGUCGUCUCUUUCGCGAUGGCGAUGGCCACGUGCUACACCGGUCACAGCCAACUGCCCUGGUGGGCUUUGAUCGUCGCUUUCCUCCUCGCGGCCAUCAUUUCCCCCCCCGUCAUCGUCGUCUACGCCGUCACGGGCUUCAACACCGACGUGACGCAACUUGCUCAGAUGUUGGGCGCCGCGAUCGUUCCCGGAAACUCGCGGGCCAAUCUCUACUUUACGCUCUACGGCGCCAAUUCGACCAGUCAGGCGCUCGGUCUCACGCGCGAUCUCAAGAUGGGUCAAUACACCAAGCUGCCCCCUAUCUCGACCUUCGUAUGCCAGGUCGUCGGCACGAUUGUCGGUGCCAUCUUGCAGCUCAUCAUCAUGAAGUCCAUCAUCAGCGCCCAACGUGAGAUCCUCUUGUCGGUCCAAGGUACCAACAUUUGGUCGGGUCAGCAGGUGCAGUCCUACUACAACUCGCAAGCCGUCGCAUGGGGUGCCCUCGCCAGGCCCAUGUACGGCCCGGAUCGGUCCUACUUUAUCAUCCCCCUUUCGAUCGUCAUUGGGCUGUUCGUCCCCGUUCCCUUUUGGCUUGGUCACAAGCUCUUCCCCAAGCUCAAGUUGAACCAAGUUGGUGAGUCCUACAGUAGUCAAGGUGACUUGUUCUCCCUCGUGAGCGUGCAGACUGACCCGCCUAUGUUCCUUCGUCAGUGACCCCGAUUAUGUGCUGGUGCCUUGGCUACCUCUCGGUAGGUAUUAACUCGUCCAUCUUUGGCACCAUGUGUAUCGCUCUCUUCUCGCAAUACUACCUGCGCCGCCGACGUGCGACUUGGUUCCGAAAGUACAACUACUUGCUCUCGGCCGCUCUCGAGGGUGGAACGCAGUUCAUGGUCUUCAUCGCGACCUUUGCGCUCUUUGGUGGCUCGGGCGAGCCGGUGGUCAUGCCUACCUGGGCUUUGAACCCCGACAGCACUACGCAUAACUUUGGUGAGUUUGAUGGGCCGCUCCGUCGUUAUCGACAUAUGAGCUCCUCAGAAAUUGACCAAUCUUCGGCGUCGUUCACAGAUUAUUGCAUGAAGCUCACCUAG